CCCUGCUAACAGUUACUUAACCAUGAUUAAUUUGUUCAAAGUAAAAGAAAAACAGAAAGAAGCAACUGAAAAUGCAGGAUCAAAACCACCAAUUAAGGAGCAAACACCCUCAGAAUUACGUGUCCAAAGAGAUAUUAGUGAAUUAACCUUACCACCAAUUUGUACCAUUGAAUUCCCUAAUGGAAAAGAUGAUCUCAUGAAUUUUGAAGUCAUAAUUAAACCUGAUGAAGGUUAUUAUCAUGAGGGUAAAUUUCCAUUUACAUUCCAAAUUCCAUAUCUUUAUCCACAUGAUGCACCAAAAGUUAAGUGCAAAGUGAAAGUUUAUCACCCAAAUAUUGAUACGGAAGGAAAUGUUUGUCUUAAUAUUCUUAGAGAAGAUUGGAAGCCUGUGUUGAAUAUUAAUGCUGUGGUUUAUGGUUUGGUUCAUUUGUUUACUGAACCAAAUCAUGAAGAUCCGCUUAAUCAUGUCGCAGCUGAUGAGCUGAGAGAUAACCCGAAGUCAUUCGAGUCAACUGUUAGGAGGACGAUGUGGGGAGGACACGAGAAUGGCACGUAUUAUGAUGGCGUUCUAUAAUUUGUAAUACAGAAUGUGAAAUUUGAAAAACAUGUCUUUUAGGAGUUUUUGAGUUUUUUUUUUUUUUUUUUAAAUAAAAUUUCCGAAUACCCUUUUUGAACUUAACUACAAAUUUAUUUUCCAAAUAUCAAUCAGUUCAUGUCCCAAUGUAUGUGGAUGUUAGAAGGUUGGAGCUGAUGAAGAUGCUUGGAAUUGGGGAACUGACGAAGUAUUUGAGGUUGGACAAUGUUGAAAUGAUAUAUGCAUGACGUAUAUUUUGAUAACGAUUUGUAAUUCUGGCCAUAGAUGUUUUGAAACUUUGAAACAAUAUUUGGCGGUGUCCAAAUCAUGAGGAUUUGCUUAUUAAUCAUGAAGCAACUGAUGAGCUGAGAGAUAAUUCUAAAUCUUUCGAGUCGAAUGUUAGGAGGACGAUGUGGAGAGGACCAUGCUUGAUGUGUAUUUCGGUCAUGUAUUAUAAUUUGAGAUGUAAAAUUUGAAGUUUGGAAAACAGGUCUUUUUUACAAUUUGUGAAUAUCAAUAAUUUGUGUACAAAUGCCCGCUAAUGUUGAUGCUGGAAUUUGGGAGCUCACGAAGUGUCCGGGGUUGGACAAUGUGAUGAGGGCAUACGCAUGAUGUAUAUUUUGAUUAUGAUAUGUAAUUUUGGCCAUAGAUUUGUUUCACAAAACUUGAAAUAAUAU